UUCCGUCUUUCCGAGCUCUCUCUCCCUCUUUCCGAUCAGCAAUGGCGCUCUCGGCGUUUCGUGACCGACUCGAACACAUGGAUCACACUCGUCACCAACGUCUCUCUCUCCUCCAGGCGGAGAAAGAAUCGCAGGCGAACAAGUCUCAGGAGAUGGCGUUGAAGCUUGCGAGCAUGGGGGCGAUGGAGCAGCGGUGCUUGUUGCUGGAGCAGAAGAUCGCGGCCCAAAGCUUCAAGAUCUGGGCGCUCCGGUCUGAUAUCGAGCGGCUCGACGCAAAAUACCAGAGUGAUUUAGAGAAAUUGAGGGUUUUGAAGAGUGAGGUGGAGGAGCUUGAGGGAUUGGAAAAGGAGAGGAACAGGUUUUAUGAGGCGAAGGGAGCUGAAAUGAAGGAGUUUAAGCAAAAUGUGGAGAGGUUUGCUUGGGAAUGUCAAUUGCAGAUUGAGAAUUUGAAGAAUGGUAUCAAUGAGGUUAAAUCAAGCUUUGUGGAAUUUCAAGGCAGUGACAAUUGCACAAGUAACUGUGAGAUAGCUGCAGCUGAGAAGAGAAAGUCUGAGCUUUUGGCUAUGAAGGAAGAGGUGAACAGAAAGCUGGCUUCUAAUUACCAAACAAGAGCCCGAUUGCAAAAGCAGCUUCAGACCGUUCUAAUUGCCAAUCCUCUGCAGAAGGCAUAGGCUGCUUUGAGUGUAAUAUCCCAUCCUCAUAUAUAAGAUGGUACCCUUAACCAUUGUGCUAUUGUUGUAUUUAAGUUUCGAGUUCAAUAAUAUCGCAAGUGUUUACAAAAUGAAGUAAAGCAAAUUGGGCAUUUGCCUACCUAGCUAAACUUAGACUAUUUUGGUAAAUUCUCGUGACAGUAUGCAAGUCAGAAGGUGACUCUAGGAAAGAACAUGCUCUUGCAAGUUGCAAGAGCUUGUAGCUCGAUUUCAAAUUCAAAUCGCUAAUUAUCAGAGAGGGAGAG